AAAAAAAAAUCAUAUGUCACGUAUGUCACUAACGUCAGUGGGUCAAAACCAGUCAAAACAAUAAAAGAAACGUGUAGGCUUUUGUGCACUGUACCUACCACUUUUACAAGAAUUACAUAGAAUACACUGUGAAAAUGCCGAAACCGACAAAGCUGCACACAAAAGGACGACCUACUUCUAUCCAAAAACUUCCAAAUGCUACGGGUGACAAAAAGUCAUCAGGCGAAAUUGAUCAUGAAGCUGCGGUCAGACAAUUCGAGUUAGAACUUUGUUGGUGUAUACAGAAACUUGAAAAGACUGUAAGCCAGAAAAAUGGGAAUGAAUCUGAAAAAAGCUUACAAGAUGCAUGGAAAGUGCUAACAAUAUUAAAGAACAAUAAUCAACCAAUAAUACGCAAGAGGCAAGUUAUGAGAACAUACUUUGGAGACUAUCGUGCUGCAAUGGCAGUGGAAGAGAAAAAAUUACCCAAAAUGAUUAGUAAAAUGAAGAUCAAAGAAAAACCAACACCACCUAAAGCCACAUUCUUAAGGAAAUCAACAUUUAUGGCAACUGGUAAUGAUUCAUUUAGGUUUAAUUUCGAGUUGGCCCCAGAUCAGGUUGAUAAAGGUGACGUCACCAGAACUGCCGCAAAUGCCGACACAACAAAUAGUACAAAUCUUGUAUCCAAUUGUGGAGACUACCAAGUUCCCAAGAAAGAUUUUCAUGCCAAUGAGUCAAAAUUCAAUUUUAAUGGAUCAAAAUUUAAGUUCAAUUUCCACAUUCCAGAGUAACAUAAAGAAGUAAUUUUUAGAUUUUUUUUUAUUUCAUAGACUAUACGGUUCUUAUUAAAUAUAUUGUCUACGUAAUAAAUAAUUAACUUUUGUUUGAAUCCUUGGUUCAAUUAGAGGAGUGUCGGAACAAAAUCUGCUAAGUCACAUUUUUAUUUUUUCCGUUUCCAAUCUGAUUAACAACCGCUAAAUCCUCUUUAAAAACAUGUUUACACAAUGCGACAAAUCCAUUCAGUAAAACUAGAUUAAAUCUGAAUCGAAAUGGAUCAUAUUUAUUGAUUUUUGUUCCAAAGCUCCUUAAAUUGUGUAUGGAGUACUGCUGUCACUUAUGGGAUGGCUCUGCUAAAUACCAACUGGCCACCUUGGCAUCAAUCGACAAACGUGUCA